GAGUGGCCAGAGUGCAAAGGGCGGACAGCAGCAGCAGUUGCAUUUCACAGUCUUGUAGAAAUGGUGUUUGAUCAGAGAUAAGCUCCAGCUGCAGAUGAGACUCCCUCUUCGAUCCUUUUGCAUCUUCAGGACUUUGAUCCAUCGAAGGCUGACAGCAGACGUACAGAGACGAAACUUGAGCGGUGCAGGGAUGCGUCUGGUGCAGUUUCGUCGUCACGGUGACGGAGGAGGCGUCGUCAGGGUGGGAGUGGAGCGAGGCGACGGGCUGGGCGUGGUGGACCUGAAGGCGUUCGACCCGUCCAUGCCCUCGACCAUGAGAGAGCUGCUGGAGCUGGGAGAGGCGGGUCUGGAGAGCGCACACAGAGCUUUGGCGUCUGAUCAGUGUUUGGUGGAUCGAGCCGACAUCCAGCUGCUGCCUCCCGUCUCGGCCCCGGAGAAGGUGGUGUGUGUGGGGAUGAACUACAAGGACCACUGCCUGGAGCAGAACGCCCCCAUCCCCAAAGAACCCAUCAUCUUCAGCAAGUUCCCGAGCGCCAUCACGGGGCCGUACGACGACAUCGUUCUGCCCACAGAGAGCCAGGAGGUGGACUGGGAGGUGGAGCUGGCCUUUGUGAUCGGACGAAGAGGAAAACACAUCAAGGAGGAAGACGCCCUCUCCCACGUGGCCGGGUUCACCGUGGCCAAUGACGUCAGCGCUCGCGACUGGCAGAUGAAGCGCAACGGGAGGCAGUGGCUGCUCGGAAAGACGUUCGACAGCUUCUGUCCUCUCGGCCCCGCCUUAGUGACCACGGACGCUGUGAGAGAUCCUCACAACCUGAACAUCCGCUGCCUGGUCAACGGCGACGCGAUGCAGAGCAGCAACACCGACCAGAUGAUCUUCAAGACGGCGGCGCUGGUCGCCUGGGUCUCCAAGUUUGUGACGUUAACUCCAGGAGAUGUGUUCCUGACGGGGACGCCUCCAGGUGUGGGAGUGUUCAAAAAGCCACCCGUCUUCCUCAAGAAAGGAGACGUGGUGGAGUGCCAGAUAGACCAACUGGGCUCCAUAAUCAACAAAGUGGUCUAAACCCCGGGACAACAAUCCACCAAGUAAAUGUCAGCUGUGAACAUAAACCGCACGUCUGAUUUGUUGUUUCUCACAAUGAAUUACAACUUACAAACACAAUCUUUUUGCUUUUUUUUCCCUCCUCUCUCUAACAGAGUGGUGCAAAAGCAGCAGGAAACAUAUAAAAAUGUAUGUUGCCUGAUGAAUGUAUUAAUCAAUGAUACUUGGGUAAUUGUGAGGAAGCAAAACGUGGUAUUUUUACCAAACUGUGUAAUUACGUGACUCAAGCUCAGUUAUUGAAGUCGCAGUCAUCACCCGCUGUACAAACACCCUUCAUCAGCAGCCACCCACUCGCGCUAUACGGCAGAAACCCUGAACCCCCGGACUUAUUUCAAUAUGUGAUAAAUAAAACAUAUUUCUAAUUAUGUUUAAUAUUCAGGGUGAUGAACUUUUUCCCCGACUGUGAUGAUUCAAAGAGCAACUUUCUGAAAAGAAGACGGCAGAUUACAAGCGACUGGGAGACUUUAAUUAAAAUAAAAUAUGCUAUCUUGGAAA